AUGUCGCCUUGGAUCGAGUCCAUCCCCCAUGAAGUACUGUCUCACAUCAGAAAUUCCAAUCACAGUAACGUCGCGGCCUGUCUGCUCCUAGCCAUAGCAGAGCAGUGUGUGCGGUCAGUCUUACGCGUCGUCAGGAGUCGGCUUGGACGACGUCACUCGCGCCGAGCUCACCCCAUUUGGCUGGAGCUGAACCCGAGCCAGAGCCGAGAUAGCGCAGCCAGUAUCCUCACCGAGUUCGUGCCGGAGAUAGCUGUAACCAAUCUCGGUGAUAACAAGCAAUUACGUGAGAGAGCUAGCCGUUCCAAGAACGCCAAGCUCCGAGGGCUGAGCAGUGAUGUUAUAUUCGCGCCGCUCGCCAUCGUCCUCGGCUCGGGCCUGGCCCAGUCAGCACCCCAGCCGCAGGCACGGUGCUACAACAACCAGAUCAUCCCGCCGUUCUCCCAACUGCCCUGGCUCGUCAUCGGGCCGGAUUGGCGCGCCGAAGACCCGGAGGCGGCACUGCGGAACGCCGUCAGUACUAGCUGCGGCACCGUCAACACUUGGAGAUGGAGCAGGAGCAGCGAGGAUCCAAACGGCUUCACUGUCGAGUUCGACCUAAGAGGCCAGUGGACGGCGGCGGCAGGAAGGGUUGCUUGCAGAGAGCCAUCGCCCUUGCCGGAAAGCUGCAUUAUAACAUCGUGUGCAUAUCAUGACGAGGACAUGGGCAUGGGUGGGGAUUGUCAGUGGAAGACACGCAAUGGGAAGCAAGAAAAGAUUGAUUGGCAUCCGUUACAUAAAGCUUGCUUUAGGAGAAGGACAUGA